UCACUUCGUGGGCGGGACCGUCUAUAGGAAGUAGAGUUAUUUGCCCUUGGUCAAGAAACGUGCCUCCGAACUAGAAACUACUGGUCAAGUAAGACCUGUGUUAUUCCUGUAUGCUGUGUCUGUGGCUGUAGUGCCAGUAUUCCUUGCAGAUGCCUCUUCACAAGUUCCCUCCGCGGGUCUGGGAAGCUCUGAAGCUGAAGCAGGGGAUCUACACCCGGCUGCCAGGGCACUACCUGCGCUCCCUGCAGGAGAGUCGCCCGCCUGCCGCAGUACACUGGAAACCCCUGGGGGUCAACUCCCGCGUGAACCCCAAGACAGGGCAUCGCGAGCGGGUGCAGGACGUACCCAUCCCUAUCUACUACCCCCCGGAGUCUCAGGGCGGCCUGUGGGGGGGCGAGGGCUGGAUCGUGGGGUACAGAUACGCCAAUAACGACAAGCUCUCCAACCGUCUGAAGAAGGUGUGGAAGCCCCAGCUGUUUAACAGGGAGCUGUACAGUGAGAUUCUCGACCACAAGUUCAAAAUCACAGUGACGGCGCGCACUCUGGACCUCGUCGACGCAGCGUAUGGGUUUGACUUCUACAUCCUGCGGACUCCACAGGAAGACCUGAACUCAAAGCUGGGGAUGGACUUGAAACGGGCCAUGCUGUUACGACUAGCUCGCAAAGACACAGAGCUGUACCCUGAAAACCCAGCAAAGAGAGAGACUGUAUUUAACAAAUACAAGGAGUUUAUGAUCCCGGCAGAGGAGGCGGAGUGGGUAGGACUCAGUCUGGAAGAAGCUGUGGAGAAGCAGAGGCUGCUGGAGAAGAAGGACCCCGAGCCGCUGUUUAAAGCCUUCGUACAGGAUUUGGUACAGGAGCUUACCGCCCAGAAGCUGUCCGAGCCGGAGAUUGUGGAGAAGAAACACUGAAGAGGGAGCCUAGCGUUCCAGGCAGCUUUGCCAGGGCAGAGACCAAUAUCAGGUACCCACUGCAUUGUAUUGUGAGCUAGAUAUCAAAGCCUCAAAUCUGGAAUGGCUCACACUGCUCUGCAAUGGAAGCUUUACUGCCAUCUCUGCAGGGCCAGAUCUCAGGAGAGUCCAAGGACCCUAUGUGACACCACUGCCUUUGCUCCUCUCCCAGUAAAUAUCUCCACAUUAAACAACCCGCAAGUUACACGUUUCACAACUGGCUUUACUCGCCGAUCUCAUUUUGGGUUUAUUUAAUUCGGAAUACCUGUGUUUUUUUUUGUUUUUUUUUUAUAAGCCUGGCUUUGUAAAUUGUGUUUGGAAGAAUACAUCUGUACAUAAAAUUCCAAUAAAAUAUCAAUAAUGUUA